AUUCUUGCCUGCGAUAUCCCAUGGACAGAGGAUCCUGGCAGGCCACAGUCCAUGGGGUUGGCAAAGCCUCCCACACGACUGAAUAUGCAUGCACACGCAGACGUGGGUUCCCAGGGUGAGAGGUCUGGGUUUCAGAGUGGCUCAGAACUUGGGGCUCUUGAGAGGGCAGGGUCAUAUCUGGAAACCCCUUAGUUGGGUGGGGUGAGCUUGAGAGUCAGCCACUGGUAUACUAGGGAGGAAGGAGUUAAGUGGAGGUAGGGUCACCUGAGCUAGGCAUCAAAUUACCUGGGUCCAGGUUCCACCUGGAAGGAGGUGGAGCUGAACCUGCCCCUGGGCUUUUGGCUGCCUCAGGCCUGGGCUCCCAAAUAUGGCCCGGCCCCCACCUCUGGGCCCUAGAUCCCCUUCAGAGCCCUUCAGUCACCCCCCUGGAGCCCCUAGGGAACUGGACACUACUGGAGAAACAAUCUGCAUUGCAUCUGGAGAGGAGAGCAUCAGGUCAGAACAGGCCCAGAAGCUGGGGCAGGACUCCUUGGACCCUCCAGAGCACUUCCGGGGUGGGCCGAGGGGCCUGGAGCCUGUUGCUGGCCUCCCCAGGUUGCCAGCACGCUCUUCUCUUGAGGAGUCAGCUGGAGCCAAAAACCUAGAGCACCCCAUCUCUGGCCGGGGGGUAUUGGAGGCUGAGCAGGACAGUCUGCAUCUUUGUCUUCUGGGGCUGGGCCUCUGGCUGCAGGACUUGGAGCGAAGCCUGGGGCCCUGCAUGUCAGCCCAGAGCAGGAUGGUCCAGCUGCAGGCACUACAGGCAGACCUACGUGGGGCAGCUGAGCGUUUAGAUGCACUGCUGGCAUUUGGUGAGGGGCUGGCGCAGCGCAGUGAGCCUCAGGCCCGGGCAGCCCUGGAGCAAGUCCUGAGCGCCUUCAGAGCCCACCAAGACAGCAUCUUCUGGCAGCUGUGGCGGCUGCAGGCCCAGCUGGUCAGCACCAGCCUGGUGUUGGAGGAGGCCAGCACACUGGAACAGGACUUGGAGUUUGAGGGGGACUUAGAUGGGCCGGGCCCUGGUGGGGUCUGGGGGCCCUGGGCACCCAGUAGCCUCCCUACGCCAGCAGAGUUGGAAUGGGACCCGGCGGGGGACAUUGGGGACCUUGAGCCUUUAGGGCGAAGGACAGCCCGGACACCAGAGGCUCCAUGUGAGCUGUGUGGCCACAGGGGCCCCCAGAGCAGAGGACAAAGCCUGGAGGACAUGCUCAUGUCGGGCCUCAGCCACCGGAAACACAUAGCAAGUCACCGAAGACAACCCCUGCUCUGGAAGUCUCGAGACAGGAUGAGGCAAGCAUCUCCCAGUCUCCAAGAUGUGAUGCUGGAGGCAGACCCUGGAGUGCCCACUCCUGCAUCCAGGCGACCUCUGACCUUCUUCCAUCUCCUCAUCCUCCUCUUCCUUUUCCUGGUGGGUAUCACAUUGUUCCUGCCCACGUCAGGGGGCUCCUGCUGCUCUCCUGCCCAACUGAUCAGGACACCUUACCUGGAGCUCAGCUAUGUCAAUGGUCCCCCUCCAAUGUGAGAAUGCAGUCUAGUCAUAUGUAAUAAAUAGUCACUGUUAAA